CCAAUGGCUUGGGUUCGGAGGCGGAGUAAGGAGCCAGUGUGCUGUAAGAGGUAACCUGGCGAGUGGCAGCGGCUCUUCUCCCGUGCUGUGGCUCACGCUUUGGUACUGGAGGCCGAGACUGUCCUGGCGACCGCGACCUCUGCGGCGACGGCUGAGGCUCUCGGAGAAGCAGAGGAGUACAACCUGGAGGAAAGGCUUCUGGUCAGGCCAGGUUCUGUCAUAAUGAAUGGAUCCAGUGUAGCAAAUACAUCACCUAAUCUGAAAUCCAAAGAGGAUCAGGGAUUAAAUGGGCACGAUGAGAAGGAAAACCCAUUUGCAGAGUACAUGUGGAUGGAGAACGAAGAAGAUUUCAACAGACAGGGGCCUCAUUACCAGAAAAGAGGGCCAGAAGCUGAGAGUUGAUUUUGAUUUAAUCUCCACUCUCCAGGUGGAGGAGGAACUGCAGGAGCAAGACUUCUUAGACCGCUGCUUCCAGGAGAUGCUGGAUGAAGAAGACCAAGAGUGGUUCAUUCCCUCACGGGACCUGCCUCAGGCCAUGGGACAGUUGCAGCAGCAGUUAAAUGGACUGUCGGUCGGCGAUGGUCAUGAUUCUGAAGAUAUUUUGAGCAAAAGUAAUCUGAACCCGGAUGCCAAGGAAUUUAUUCCAGGAGUGAAGUACUGAGCUGACAGAAAGCUUUGAGGAGAACUUGUAUGUCCCCACACCUUGGGAUAGCGCUGCACAAAGAGGCAGAGCGGAAGAAGGGGGUGGGGUGGGCGAGGGGCGCACAGUGGGGAAGGGGUAUAGUGGUUUAACUUGACACUGUGACUGGAGUAACUAAUGUGCUCAGUCUUACUCUACAAGCCUCUGAGUCUCUGAGUAUUUCUCUUUUGUUCUACUGACUUUGGUUUGGUGCAGUUUCCUAUUGUUAUUAUUAUUAUUAUUAGCUUUUUGAGUUAAGGAAAUCGCAGUCUUUUUUUCCCCUUCAUCAGGAAUGUUCUGCUGUGUGUGUUUAAACAAAAUAAGCUGACCAAGAAAAUCUGGGAGUUUAAGAAUGCCCUUCUCACCCUACUGUACACUUACUGAGGGCAAUGUUCAUUGCCUAGAGAAUUACUUACUGAGUCUGCUAAGCUGAAUGAGAAGAGGGACGAGUGGAAGAAGGAGGUGUUGCAAAUUGGGGUUUACAGCCCAGCUCCCCUGACCCCAAGGGCUUUCCUGUGAUGCAGCAGAUUACCAUGGCCUGCCAAGCCAGCGUGUUCUUGCCUGGAACCCCGUUCAAGAAAAUCCAGACUCGAAGGACUGGUUUCUGGUAACUCUUCUGAUGGUUCAUGAAAGUUACAAACCAGCAGUGGUGGGCUGUGACAGUGAUUGCCAUUGGGGGUCACUCUGUCACUGCUGGCCUGUUCUUAAGUCUCUGCUUACAGCCACCAUCAAAGUCAUUAUUCAUUAUUUGUGAGGUCAAAGAGCUCUAGGGUGGGUUGGUCACUUUAUCCCUCAUGGCAUCUAGUCCCCUCUCUCCUUUCCAUACCAACCCUGUUCUGUUUUUGAGAAAAGAUAUUGUUACCAAAGGGAAAGGAGAGGCAUACUGUGCUGGCCAUCAGCUUCACUCUGGAGUAGCCAACCCUGAGUCCUAUUAAUUGUGUCUUAAGAGUAUUUUGGCAAUUUUUUGCCAGCCCCAUGAAGACUUGGUCCUCCUGGUAUCUUCCCUUAGUAAAUUAUUCCCAGUAAUUUUUCCCAAGUAAACAUUUUUCAAGACACCAGCAAGAAACUCAGUUUAUAAUUUGGAUGCCUCUCCCCACCUUACAGAUUUAUGCAAAAGAACUCAAAAAAAGCCUGUUAGAGGGAGUCCUGCUUGACCCAUGUGACCAUGUGACCCACCAGGACAGUUUCUGUAAUUAUAAAAUUUUGCUGUUGCCAUAUACCCAGCUUUACAGCUUUUCUAGGUUGAGCUCUUUGGGUAUAUUCCUUUUGUUUUUCCUGACUGUAAAACAGCUGAUACUCAUAAGGGAUUAAACUGGGCACCAGAA